ACCAAGAGCUUCUCCUUCUUCUACCCAUCUGAGACAUUCGAACGGAGAAGCCGACGCCGAUGAUCGCAGGCAACCUAGGUAAAAUCCUCAACUGCCGAUCUCUUCUCUUCCAUUCGCUUCUCUCCUAAACUGCCGAGAUCGAGAUCUUCUACCCAUCUACAGAGGCGUGGUUUUGCUUCAAAGAGGAGAAGGAGGUGCGGAGGUGCAGUCGUGCCGAAACCGAGAACUUCUACCUGUGGUCAGUGCUCUGGUUUUGCUUCACAGAGGUAAAACCCCCUUGAAGACAUGGAAAAAAACACCUUAAAACUCAGGUAUGAAAGACAUGACGCUUUAUUCACUACUUUUUUUUUUUUUUUUUUUAAAUAAUGAGAGACAUGGCGCCCCAUUCCCAUUUCUGGCAACCCUUCUUCGUCCCCAAUCCCCCAAGAGUCCUCCACCACCGCUGAAAGAAUGAAAGAAAAUCUCCUAAUCCCAAAAUUUCUAAAGUUCUAAGACCAGACCAGAGAAUCUUCUAUGUCUGCAUCACUGCUCGGCUCUCGAAUCAUUCCGGAAACAACCAACAAUUGCAGGUGCCAUCACCGCAAGGGCUACAACAGCAAAACCAUAAUGUGCGCCUGCAUCGACAACUCCUGCUACGAUUCUGAUUGGACCCAGGUCGUCAAUCGUUUUCUUAACAAUUAUGUUUACUUCUCCAGACCCAGUUUCCCCGGUCUCGUCACUUGUUCUCCUCUCACUCAUCAAGAAAAGAACACCUCUGCCUCCGUUGACGCCGUUGAAUACAGGGAUGAUGUGACGUGGUUGAAGGCGCGAGAAGAAGCUCAGCGCGAUAUGGAGCAAGAACCCAUCUUUUUCCAGUUUGGGAGAGAAGAGAUCGGAAGAGAAGAGUUGCAGGAUAUGUUAGAGGAGAAAUCUCAGAUGGGUAAGGAUGUGGCGCUCGGGUAUGGGUUAAUAGUGAAGAUGGGUGAUUUUUUCUGGGCAAAGGAUGAUAGCCGUUGGAUCCGUUAUGAUAAUGUGUCAAAUGCUCAACCUGGUCAAGAGAUGGGCGAUUGAGCCGGAUACCACCCGUAUCCAGAACAGGCAUUUGUUACUUCAUGCUAGAAAGAACUUUAAUGGUUGUAUAGAAACGUAUAACCUUAUAGUGAAAAGAGCUUCGUUAGAUGGGAACAAAAAAAAAUUAGAAGGAAAGGAAGAUUUAGUGCUAAAAAUGUAGAAUGUAUAGAAUAACAUUAAAACUCAGUACAAAAGACGAAAAAAACUUUUAUAAUGGUGGAGGAUAUAA